UUCUGGGUGUGAUUGCUUCGGUCUGCUUCAGCGUCUCCGCGCUCGACUCGUGCUGUCUGUCGUGAUGGCGGCUGUGACCUCUCCGUUGCGCGCGUGUCGCGGGAUACUGAAGGAGCUCCGGAUCGCCAAGGGCUCGGAUUACAGAAACACUCUGGUGUAUAAACAUGUGCUGGAGCAGUUCAGGAGAAACCAGGUGACCGGCGAGCAGUUCUGCCGCGCGCGGAUGGACGCUCUUCACGCGGCGCGCACGUAUCUCUGUCUGCUGACGUCCACGCGCAUGCACCUGCGUCUGCACGAGCGCUACCACGCGCGCGGUGAUCGCGCACUCGAGGAGGUGGCGGGACUCGUGGGGCUCCGGCUCCCGACACAACCGGGCGGCAAGGGCUGGGAGACCUGAAGAGACACGAGUGUGUGUGUGUGUGUGUGUGUGUGUGUGUCUCUUCUUCAUCAAAUAAACUCUAUUUAAACCAGGA